UCUGUACAAGGAGGCCAUGAUGGAGGAGCACCAGCCUCUUAUAUCACAAGCAGAAAAUUCCUAUAAGAAUUCUGAGGGACACUUCAUGUUGUCGCUAAAUUAUAAAGCAGAAGAUGAAGACAUCAUGCAAUGCUCUUCAGGAGAAAAUCUUAAUGUACAUCCAGGACUUCACAGUACAGACAUAUCAUAUAAUCCCCCUGUUCAUGAGGAAUCAUCUGACCAAUCACAGUUUGCUACCACAAGUGCUGGUCAGAAAGGGUGUGAAAGGUUUCAAGAGAUCACAAAAAGAUCAAAUCUUUCUACAGAUAGAAGAAUUCACACACGGCAGAAGCUGUAUUCAUGCCCAAAAUGUGGGAAAUAUUUUGCAUAUAAAUCAGCGCUUGUUCGACAUGAGAGAAAUCACACAGGAGAGAAGCCAUAUUCAUGUUCAGAACCUGGGAAACGUUUUCGCGAGAUCUCAACUCUUAAUAGACAUAAGAGAAUUCAUACAGGAGAGAAACCGUAUUCAUGUUCAGAAUGUGGGAAAUGUUUUACACAGAAAGCAAUUCUUGAUCGACAUGAGAGAAUUUUUACACAGAAAUCAAGUCUUGAUGCACAUCAGAGAAGUCACAGAGGAGAGAAGCCGUAUUCAUGUUCAGAAUGUGGAAAAUGUUUUACAGAUAAAUUCUAUCUUUUUACACAUAAGAGAAAUCACGGAGAGAAGCCGUAUUCAUGUUCAGAAUGUGGGAAAUGUUUUAGUGAGAUCUCUGCUCUUAAUAGACAUAAGAGAAUUCAUACAGUAGAGAAACCGUCUUCAUGUUCAGAAUGUGGAAAAAAUUUUAGUGAGAUCUCUGCUCUUAAUAGACAUAAGAGAAUUCAUACAGGAGAGAAACCAUAUUCAUGUUCAGAAUGUGGGAAAUCUUUUACACAGAAAGCAAUUCUUGAUGCACAUGAGAGAAUUCACACAGGAGAGAAGCCGUAUUCAUGUUCAGAAUGUGGGAAAUGUUUUGCACAAAAAUCAAGUCUUGAUGCACAUCAGAGAAGUCACAGAGGAGAGAAGCCGUAUUCAUGUUCAGAAUGUGGAAAAUGUUUUACAGAAAAAUUCAAUCUUUUUGCACAUAAGAGAAGUCACGGAGAGAAGCCAUAUUCAUGUUCAGAAUGUGGGAAACGUUUUACACUUAGACAAACUCUUGUUAAACAUGCGCUACGUCACACAGUAGAGAAGCCGUAUUCAUGUUCAGAAUGUGGGAAAUGUUUUACAGAUAAAUCAGAGCUUGUUAUACAUAAGGUUAUUCACACAGGAGAGAAGCCGAAUUCAUGUUCAGAAUGUGGGAAAUGUUUUGCAAAGAAACGCUAUCUUAUUAGACAUAUGAAAAUUCAUACAGGAAAGAAGCCGUAUUCAUGUUCAGAAUGUGAGCAAUGUUUUACGCAAAAAUCAGAUCUUGAUAGUCAUGAGAGAAGUCACAGAAGAGUAAGGAUACGAUCACAAUUCCAGAAUUUAGACUUUGAUUUCGAUUCCAAUUAACACCUUAACUAUCCUGGACGAUAAUGCUCGUCCUAACUUGCAAGUACUUCAGGCACUAGGACGAGCAUUCUCAUCCUAGGCAGGGGCCCUGCUGUAUCUGCC